AUGAUAGUUCCCGGUCCAUCGUUUGAGGCUAAAGUAUAUAUAGAAGAACGAUUCUUAGGAGAAGAAGAAGAUCUAAUAGAGAAGAUUAAGCAUGCCGAAGAGGUAAUAACUCAGCUGAAUUUGACAAAGUGUAAGAACACCAUAAUGGGAGGACCAUUUCUGAGAGGUGUUUCCGGCGGAGAACGUAAGAGGGUUAGCAUUGGUCAAGAAAUCCUGAUCAACCCAAGUUUGUUGUUUCUGGACGAACCUACAUCUGGUUUGGAUUCAACAUCGGCUCAGCAAGUCGUGACUUUGUUAUGGGAGCUAGCCAGAGGUGGACGAACAGUUUUGAUGUCAAUUCAUCAACCUUCUAGCAGACUUUAUUACAUGUUCAAUAAGAUAUUAGUCCUGUCAGAGGGUAACGCUUUGUAUUUCGGAAAGGGAGAAGAAACUAUGGAUUACUUCGCUGGCAUCGGAUACUCUCCAUCUGUUACUAUGAAUCCAGCAGAUUUCCUUUUAGACCUUGCCAAUGGUGUUCAUAUGGACGAAAUGGAUAUGGAUAAAAGAAAGGAAGUAAAACAACAACUUAUCUCCGCUUACAAGAUAAAUCUGGAUGAUAAGGUGAAGAGGGAUAUUAAUGAUGAUCAUCAAACGAAGGAUCAUGAUAAGGAUUUUGGCAGAUGGAGUACUAGUUGGGGUCAGCAGUUCUGGGUAUUGUUAAGAAGGGAUCUUAAACAAACAAAGAACGAAUCAUUUUCAUUCAUAAAAAUUACACAAAUUCUCGUCAUGUCACUUCUUUGCGGGCUUCUUUGGUGGAAAUCGUCUACGGCCGAUUUACAAGACCAGAUUGGGCUACUAUUCUUUUACUCCAUGAUGUGGGGAUUAAUUCCACUUUUCCAAGCUUUAUUUACAUUCCCGCAAGAGAAGCUGAUGCUUACUAAGGAGCGAUCAUCAGGCAUGUACAGACUCUCAUCUUAUUUCAUGGCAAGAUCAGCAGGCGACCUACCAAUGGAACUUGCUCUGCCCUUCGGGUUUAUCAUCAUAACUUAUUGGAUGGCAGGCUUAAAACCAACGGCUUUUCAUUUUUUCAAAACGCUAGUUGUCGUUCUUUACACGGUUCUAGUUUCACAUGGAGUAGGGCUCGCAAUUGGUGCAGUAGUCAUGAAUUUUAGGUCUGCAACAACAUUGGCAGCAGUCAUAGUGAAUGCAUUCUUUUUAGUUGGUGGCUAUUACGUCCGAAACGUCCCAAGUAUCAUAGCAUGGCUCAAGUACGUAUCUGUCACGUACCAUAGCUACAAACUCCUGUUAAGUUCUCAGUAUAAAAUCGACGAGAUGUAUGCAUGUGGACCUAAUAUCACUUGCAGAAUCGGAAGUGAUCCUACUAUAGAAAAGAUUGGACUUGGAGGUGAAAUUAUCUCAUAUCUCUCUCUAACUGCAAUGCUCGUGGUUUUCAGAACGAUUGCUUACCUUGCACUUAUCAGGGUUGGAAAAGUGUCUCGUUAAUGGUUUGUCACGGAAUCUUGAUUAAAAGCUAAUGUAAGCAUAUAUAUACAUCCACCAGCAAAACAAAUUCACCACUAUAUAUCGAUCAAGUCAAAGAUGUCAUUAAGUGAAAUACCAG